AGAACAGAUAUUACAGUCCCUAGCUAGCAAUUAAAGUCCUGCCUCUUUCUUGCUCCAGCUGCUGCUGCUCAAUUUUCCCCUUAAUAAUCUUUCAUUUUACUUAAUUAAGCUGUAGCUCUAGCCAGUCGCCAGAUAAACCCUAACCUCUCUGUCCACAAUGCAUUGCUCAAUUUCCGGCGAGGUUCCGGAACAGCCCGUUGUUUCGAAGAAGUCUGGGCUUUUAUAUGAGAAGCGCUUAAUCGAGAGACACAUAUCGGAAUAUGGAAAAUGCCCAAUUACCGGGGAACCACUUACCAUGGAUGAUAUUGUUCCAGUCACAACAGGCAAAAUCGUGAAGCCGAGAACUGUACAGACUGCUAGCAUCCCUGGGAUGCUUGGGAUGUUCCAGAAUGAAUGGGAUGGCCUAAUGUUGUCCAACUUUGCAUUGGAGCAACAAUUACAUACAGCAAGGCAAGAGCUAAGUCAUGCAUUAUACCAGCAUGAUGCUGCUUGCCGUGUAAUUGCAAGACUUAAAAAAGAAAGAGAUGAAGCAAGGUCAUUGCUUGCACAAGCUGAGAGGCAGAUACCCAUGUCUGCAUCAGAAGCUGUUACAGAAAAUGCUUCAGUUCUUAGCAAUGGAAAACGAGCUGCCGAGGAUGAUGAUUUGGGUCAACCUGGGAAGAGAGUACGACCUGGAAUCUCUGCUAGCAUCAUUACAGAGCUUACAGACUGUAAUGCAACUCUUUCACAACAGCGGAAAAAGCGGCAGAUUCCUCCAACAUUGGCUCCUAUUGGUGCUCUAGAGAGGUACACCCAACUUUCAAGCCAUCCACUUCACAAAACUAGCAAGCCGGGCAUCUUAUCUAUUGAUAUCCAAUAUUCCAAGGAUAUCAUUGCUACUGGAGGGGUUGAUGCAACUGCUGUAGUCUUUGAUCGGCUAUCAGGACAGAUUGUAUCUACACUCAGUGGUCACUCAAAGAAGGUUACUAGUGUGAAAUUUGUAGCCGAGGGUGAAUUUUUCUUAACUGGAUCAGCAGAUAAGACCAUUCGUGUGUGGCAAGGAUCCGAAGAUGGCAACUAUGAUUGCAGACAUAUCCUAAAGGAUCAUACUGCGGAGGUGCAAGCUGUCACUGUUCAUGCAACGAAUAACUACUUCGUGACUGCUUCUCUUGACAAUACAUGGUGCUUCUACGAUCUCUCCUCUGGUUUAUGCAUGACUCAGGUUGCUGACACUUCCAAAACUGAUGGCUAUACAUCUGCUGCCUUUCAUCCUGAUGGUCUCAUCCUUGGAACAGGCACUUCAGAAGCAGUUGUUAAAAUCUGGGAUGUAAAAAGUCAGGCCAAUGUUGCAAAAUUCGAAGGUCAUGUUGGGCCCGUAACAGCAAUAUCUUUCUCAGAAAAUGGAUAUUUCCUGGCUACUGCCGCCCAUGAUAGUGUUAAGCUGUGGGAUCUGCGGAAAUUGAAAAACUUCCGGACACUCAAUCUAUAUGAUUCCGAUACACCUACAAACUCUGUGGAAUUCGACCACAGUGGAUCUUACCUUGGAAUUGCAGGAUCAGAUAUAAGAGUUUACCAAGUUGGCAGUGUUAAAGCAGACUGGAAUUGUAUCAAAACUCUUCCUGAUUUGUCCGGAACAGGAAGAGCAACUUGCUUAAAAUUUGGUCCGGAUGCCAAUUACAUAGCUGUGGGAUCAAUGGAUCGCAACCUCCGGGUAUUUGGCCUGCCUGGGGACGAAGCUCCAUUGGAGUCAUGAUGCACCUUUAAGUUGCCUGAUUCGGAGAGUUGAGUUCAUGGAUUUCUGCAGUUGUUGCCACAGCUUUUAUUGGGCUGGCGCAGCAAAACAAUAGACUGAGUUGUUUAAUUAUGCGGUGCCAACACUUUAUGCAAUUUCCAGACAUGGAGCAGGGUGGUUGUCUGGGAUUUGAAGAACUUAAAUUCGAGCGACUACUACAGCCAGUCAUUUUGUAUUCAUGUUGUCAUUGGAACUUCCAGACCAUUAAUCUACACAGUGAGGUGUUUGGGGGACACUUGAUACUUGUUAAGUGCUCAUCUUUGAGGGAUGGAUAACCUUUUGAGAUUUGUUUUUGAUUCACUGUAGUAAAAUGUAGUAGUUCAAUUGUGUUCGCA